AUGACGGAUAUUAAAACUUUCACUUGUGCUCUUGGCCUCUCCAAGGGCCCUUUCAUUCAGGGAAAAGUGUUGUUAGCUGAGCCCAAGGAUGCCAGUUUUUCAUUUAGCCGUGAUAUCAACAGUCAUUUGGCCAGCCUCUCCAUUGCUGGAAACACAAUCCCGACUCCCGACCCUGCUGUUGAGGAGGGAAAGGCUUUGUGUGCCCCGGAUAACUUGAAUGCCAGUGUUGAAAAUCAGGGCCAGAUGAAGACGUGCAUCAGCCAAGUGUGUCGGGAGACUGUGUCACUUUGCUGCAGCUCAUUUCUGCAGCAGGCUGGAUUAAAUUUGUUAAUAAGCAUGACAGUUAUUAAUAACAUGCUUGCCAAGUCCGUUUCAGGCUUGAUGUUUCCUUUGAUACCAGAGGGAAGUGAAUGUGCUGAGGGGCAGGUUGUGAAACCCCUGAUGGGUUUGUCUGAAAAGCCAGCCUUGUCGGGGGAGUUGCUGAGAGCCCAAGCGCUAUGCCCCUUCCCGCCCCUCUUUAUCAGGAACACAGACAGACAGCUUCUCUCAGAAACCCUGGCCUCUUAAGUGGCCCCUCGGACAGGGUGGGACUGAUCCACUCCAAAACAAAGCCCAGUCAAUGGGUGAACACACACUUGUGUUCUCAAAGACUCUGCAGUGGGUGCUAUUGAAGACCCAGCCUUAGCUGGAUCAGCACACCUCUGGGUGAAAGUUGCACUUGCUAAAUCCAGGACCACACUCGUACUGGUCAAGCAGGGGUCCCCGCAGAGCUUUGAGUAACCUCUUGGUUUUUCAGUCUGCAGGCAAUGUGCAUUGUAAAUUGCUCCCUUGCAGCCUUCUUCCUGUGGUAAAGAGGUCCUUUCAGCUGCCAGCUGUGGUUAAAGAACAACAUGUUCUAGCCUCGGUGGGGAUGCCUGGCCUGUGGUGGUCUCUGUGUCUAAGCUGGACCAUGUUGGGGAGACCAGACCCGUAU